AUGUCUACAUCUACUGGGACAGGUUGGGCACAGCUUCGUCAACAAGCUCGGUCGUUGGAAACACAAACAGAAACACUAUUCCAUACCUACUCACAAUUCUCAGCCGUUUCCAAUAUUCCACCUAAACCUUCAGAAGAUGAAAGAUCCACUGAAAUGAAGCUACAAGAAAUUCUAGAAAAGAGAGAAAAUCUGAUAUCGCAACUCUCCCGUCUCCUCGACAGCGACUCUUCUCUCACAGCCUCUGCAACCCGUCAAAAUAAUCUUACCCGUCACCGAGAGAUUCUCCUCGACCACCGUCGCGAACUUUCCCGCAUUCGUUCCUCCAUUUCUGAAGCUCGCAAUCGCGCAAACCUACUCUCAAAUGUGCGAUCUGAUAUCGACGCUUAUCACAGCAAUAAUCCAGAAGCCGCAGAGGCGGACUAUAUGUUGGGAGAAAGAAGUCGUAUUGAGAAUAGUCAUAACAUGACGGACAGUGUGCUGAGCCAAGCUUAUGCUGUUAAUGAGAGUUUUGGGCUACAGAGAGAAACGCUGGCCAGUAUUAAUCGGAGGAUCACUGGGGCUGCAAGUCAGGUACCGGGAUUGAAUAGUUUGAUUGGGAGGAUUAGCGCGAAGAAGAGGAGAGAUGGAAUUAUUAUGGGCAGCUUUAUCGCAUUUUGCUUCUUGAUGUUCUUGUACUUUAUGUGACGAUAGGAUAGCACGAUGCAUGUUAUGGUAAUGAGAACACAGGCAAGGCGUUUGGAGUGGAACGGUCUGGGAUAUGACCAAAUUGUUGUACAGUAUAAGAACGGCUUAUGGGUA